CAGUACGAUUAUCGGUAGGGUUAGUCAACAAUAGUACGUCAGCAGCCUACGGUACCAAACGGCAUCAACAAAGUCCAAAGAGGACAGAAGAAGGACAAUGAUCGAUGAUUGGUGGAAAGCAACGUCGAAUAAGUUGACCUCAGCCCCAGCUUACCUCUCCGUAUCAAAUAUAAUAUAUCGCUCUUCCUCUGACAAAACAGUUAGCUACAAUACAGUUCGUUGAGAGCCAUGGAUGAAGAUAGCAAUAUCCGGGAAGAAAUUGGGAUUGGACAAGGCGAUGGUGUGCAAGACGAUGCGGCCACGAACCAACAAGCGGCGGCCGCUGUGGAAGCUCCCCCUGGAGCCCAAGUGGAGAUGAUCAAUGCCUCCGAAUCCAUUAAUAAUAACAAUGGCAUGGCUACAGUGCAAAAUCGCUCUCCUUCCAUGCGAUCGUCGGCUGCGUCCAAUAGUAAUACUGUGGGUUUGUCGAAUGCUUCGCAUCAAUCCAUGUUGCGACAGCUGGCACAUUCACCCACUGGCAUGGCACGACCCGCCAUUCCCAAUCGUAACAAUGCCAUGAUGCCUGGAGGAGGAGUGGCUCAUCAGGAAGCUCUUCGUCAAGCCCAACAACAGCCCAUGCAACAACAGCAACAGCCACCACAACGGCAGCAGAUUCAUGUACCGGUAGCAGCUCCUGCUGCAGCAGCUCCCAACAACAACAACAUUAAUGCUGGUGACAAUGCGGUUCCAGAACGCGCUACGGAAACAGAGGCAGUCUAUCAUCCCUGUUCUUCCUCGGGAAGUGCCAGUAGUGGAUGGUCUGUCGUGGAGACUUCGCAAGGUGGAGCCGGAGGCGCGCCUCCGUCUGCUCGUUCUCUCCACGCGGCGGCCCUAUUGAAUGGCAUCAUGUAUGUCUUUGGAGGGUACGAUGGCAGUGUCCGUGUCAACACAUUCCAUGCCUUUUCGUUUGCUGAAAAACGAUGGUCGCCAGUGCUUCCUUCGGCAAACUCUGCCGGUCCACCUUCUCCCCGUGAUCGUCAUGUAGCCGUCUCCUUUGGGAAUUCCUUUUAUGUGCAUGGAGGAUUUGAUGGAACUAGCCGAGUGGCUGAUUUGUGGGCAUUUGACUUCUCGUCGAUGACUUGGAGGGAGAUUGUUCCAUUGCAUGGAAGGCCACCCUCGCCACGGCAUUCUCAUGCCGCAGUGGUAUACGGGAGUUCCAUGUAUGUCUUUGGCGGGUACGAUGGUUCGUACAAGUCGGACCUGAACGAGUAUGACUUUACAGAAUCACGCUGGAGUGUCGUUCCAGCCGCAGGCAGACGACCCCGUGCUCGGUACCGUGCGACCUGUGUCGUCUUUCGCAACACAAUGAUCUCUUAUGGUGGUCAUGACGGAACCAGGCAUUUGUCGGAUGCGCAUUUGUUUGACUUUGACACACGCACAUGGUCAACGUUGGUGACAGAAGGAACGCCGCCCAUUCCAAGGGAUUCACAUGUGAGUGUGGUACACCGAAGCAGCAUGUAUUGCUUUGGUGGUAGCAGUGGAUCUGCCAUGAAUGAUCUGCACGAAUUGCAGCUCCCGUCCAGUCCCUCGGCUCCCGCCAAAUGGCGCCCGGUGAAGAUUUCGGGGGUGGAUCAACCACGACAUCGAUUCUGUCACGUUGCAGUGAGCCACAAUGAAUCUAUGUUUGUCUUUGGCGGUUAUGACGGAUCAGAGCGAUUAAACGAUUUCAUCAGAUUUGACUUUGCUGUCUACGACUUGAGCUUUGAGGUUCCCAACUCCACCAUCAUUUCAGACUUUAGAGACCUGAUCAACAAUGAGACCCUCUCCGAUGUCACUUUCUUAGUUGAGGAACAACCCGUCUAUGCUCACAAGCUAAUGCUGAUGUGAUCAGCCUACUUUAAGGCGUUGAUUCUCGGUGAAAUGAGGGAAUCUCGCCUUUCAACAAUUCGCAUCGAACAAGUAUCGCAUCACAUAUUUUUAUCAAUUCUGGAAUAUCUGUACACGGAUCAAGUUCAGAUCCCUUUUGAUUGUGCCAUGGAGCUCUUUGAAGCAGCAGAUCUCUUCUGCAUCCCACGUUUAAAGACAAUGUGCGAGAAACGAAUGCUCCAGUCAAUUGCUGUGGAAAACGCCGCUGCGAUAUUCCAUGCAGCUGACAUGCAUUCAGCGCAGGCACUGCGUCAAAAGGCAAAGAAGUACAUCCUCUCUCACUUUGAAGAGAUUUCGAAGACGUCCUGCUUUGAAGAAAUGGGAAGAAGCAAUAUUGAGCUUGUAUUUGAGCUACUCCAGAGCCGUUAGGUACGGACGGUACAAAUCCUGUACGGUUUGGCUUUAGUUAAACACUGUAUUUAGUAUCCCAAACUGGCGGUGUGGGCAAUGGACGGAUGGUUUGCUUUUUCUUUGAAUUCAUCCGUCUUCCACUGUCUGCUUUCUGGAGGUAGUCUAGAAAUCUGUCAUGCCCAUGUCCCAAUAUCGCAUAGACAAAGGCAUGUAAGACAAACAGAGCUGCCACUACCACUCCAAUGCUCCAAAACAUCACAUAGGGUCCAAAUCGGUCCAUGACCAAGCCUGCAAACACAGGUCCCAGACCACCGCCCACACAGGACAAUGCUGUGGAAAGGAGCGUCUGCACUGUGGUAGACCAUUCUUUUGGAGCCACAACUGCUGCGUAGUCAAUGGAGGAAAUCCACAUGCAGGCAAAGGUAAUGCCAUGAGAAAAUUCCAAAACCAGUACCCAUUGUGAUGUUGAGGGUGUUAGGAAUGUAUACCCAAUGACGCGAGUGGAGUAGGCUAGCAUGGACAGGAGGAAGAGAACGUCAUGCCCCAGCUUGGAUAGCAAAUAGUCACUAAAGUGGAAAAUGGGAAGUUCGAGUAGAACAGUCACUCCCACUGUGUACCCACAUAGCUCUGUGGAUGCCUCAAGUUCAUUUUGUAGGAAUACAAAGAGGAAAGAAUCCACAAUCAUCAUACCAGCCCCAAUUAUAGCUACCUCAGCGAGCCACAAACAAACUGGCAAGCGUAGAAUAGCCCUCCGUAACUCAGAAAUAGGAGGAUGAUUGGAAGAUGAAUGAACAAUUCUAUUGCCUUCUUCCUCUGUUUGCU